GAGGCUUCCUACCUCCUGAGACUCAAGAACCUAUUCUAACUUACUGUGUAUAUUAUAUUCCCCAAGUCUGGUCAUCCCAUCAGCAACAUGGCCAAUAAAACAUCCGUCCCCCCAAACGACCCCCAAAGCCCCCGCUGGCUCCUCGACCUCCAGCAGUGGAGAAUCGUGCCCUACACCAAUAUUCCACAAAGAAUUCUCGAUGGUGAAGGCUACGGCGUCGUCUCCUAUACCUGGGGCUACAUUGUUGAUGAUGGCAAGCCCGCCUCCGAUCCCCCCCAGGGUCUUUUAUGGGACGUCCCCGCCGUCAAGGGCUGGACACUCGCCAAGGCACGACGGGUGAUGGAGACGAUCGGGACUCGGUAUAUUUGGUGGGAUUGGAUGUGUGUUCCUCAGAGUGGGGAGCAGAUGCGACCCUGGGAUAAGAAAUUAGACUUGGGAAAGGUUCAGGGGGAGGAGAUUGGGAAGCAGCUGCAUAUUUACGGCAAAGCCAAGAAAAGCAUCGUCUGGCUUCACGCAACCUGUUGGGAGCGGGAUUCGGCGAUUAAGGACUUGCUUCAACUGCGCAUACCGGACGACAUACCCAGAGAGGAAGAAGAUAACCAGACUCCAGCUGAACUGGCUAAACACACCAAUAGCCUGAUGAGUCUUCUGAAGCAGGCGCACGAGACAGAGCGCUGGACGUGCUCCGGUUGGACACUGCAGGAAGGCGUACUGUUGCACGAAACGGAGCUCGUCGAUGGCUGCGGACAACGACUCCCCGACAAGCACUUCUGGCUCAGCGACCAGGCCACCGUUGCGGACCUUACUGUUCCAAUUACUAGAUUGGCGUGGGAGAUUGCCAUCGCCUAUUUCAUCAAGUCGCAGGGGUAUGAGCCGGAUGUCGGGUCGCCGAUUCCUAAGCGCCCGCAUGUUUUCGCAAGACUACCGGAGCCGUGGUUGCGGCGGUCUCUGCAGACACUCACAGCCUCAGGCUUCGUCGCCUACUGGCAAAAUAGUCCCCUGGACAUCUUAGCCGGGAAGCGCGGGCGCAAGUUCGGCAAGAUCCAGGACUCUUGCUGGGCGCUUGUGGGCGCGUUGGGUAUUGAUAACAUUGAGGUCACAUAUGCUGAGGACUUUGGCAUGGACAAGGUGAAGCGGCGACUGCUGGUGGCGCUGUUUGACAAGUAUACGUGGGGGAUGUUGGCGCUGCCAUUUCCCGAGUCAAUCCAGGACGUAUAUACCGGCGUGGAACGAGACUUUAGAUGGACAGACGUGGCAGAUGGGGCUGUGCUGCCGGUGCAUGCGUUCUGCGUGGAGAAAAAAACCGCCGCUCCCGAUCCCAACCACCAGGAGCUGGAAUCUCUUAAGCCCAGUUACACAGAGACACACAACGUUUGCAUUCACAGUUGUAGCCUGACCAAAAGAAUAACUCUGUUCCGCGCUUCGAAAGAGGGGAUGGCCUGGUUCCGGCAUUACCGUCAAGACAAGGAUGGAUUGAAGAUUGUCUCGGCGGAGGAUACGGCCUUCGUGGAUGAUAGUGUACUCGGGAAGGCGUGGUUUCUCCCCUUGCAUCAUGUGAAAAUGAAAGCCGGGGCUUUGGGUAGACGAUGUCUUGCGGUGCUGGGGUUGGGGGAUAAGGGCUCGAUUGGGGAACGGGCCGAGGCUGGAUUUGGGGGUACAAUAGAUAUUAGGAGUCUUGGGCCGGAGCAGGUAGAACUUGAUGAACUUGUACUGACUUCAAGUAUGCGGUGAUUCGGGUCGUUUUCGCCUUGGUUGACUCUGAAAUAAUGCUGGGGAACAUCUUCGCACUUUGUGUGUUAAUCCUGAUGCUAUAACCUACCGUGACAGUAUUUCCUUUUCUCACAGGAAUGGGUCUUAGCGUUUGGAAUUGUGGUACGGAUUAGUCUUCAU